AUGACGAUCCACUUCCGGUUCGACCUCGGUACGCCCUUGCCUUCUCCAACCUCAUUCCUCCCCUCAGUCAAAGCCAUCCUGAAAUGCUCGACGGAGCGGCUAGUGCAGUCGUUGGAAUAUCUUCGCCGGGUUUAUUUACCGGACGUGCGGGGUACGAGGCGAAUCAAGGCGGCUUCCGCUUUGAGAUCUAAUGGAGGCUUGCAUGCGUCGAAAUCGGAAUCGGAAUCGGAGUCGCGUUCUUCUAAGGCUACAGUAGACGAAGAGCUCGAGUCCUUACGAACGGAUCCUUUCGAGCGAUCGUACGCUACCCGCUGGUUAACCUCCCUCGUCGACGUCCUCGUCUCUGCCAGCGAGACCUCCGAAGAAAGACCAAUAGACCCUUCGCCUCUCUCGGCGACUUUCAACUCUCAGUCUAUCGACUACGAAUCCGUCAUCCAGCUCGCCGCUUGUAUCCUUGCAGUUUGCGCUGGUACGGCUGCCACAGGCGCGGUCACUCGGACGUACGCGUUCGAAGGCUCGGUAACGAUCAACUCUCACUACUGUUUUCCUCGCUCAAAAAUUGAUCAUUGA